AGAGGGAGAGAAGGGCUCACACUGCUGCUCUGGGCAGGCAAGAGAGCGCAGGCCUGGCCACCUUAUCCAGUGUGACGGCAGAGGGUCACUCUAAAAACUGCUGCUGCUGGGACUUGUCAGGUGGCUUCUGGUGGCUCCCCACUGGCUUUUCCUUCUCCCUCUCUCUCGCCACAGAUUGCUUCUCGAGAGGAGUCUGCUGCUGAAACUUCAUCGUCACCAGUCGGGGACACCACUUCACACAGGAGGCAAGCUCUUGCCUGUGACAGUGUGUUUGCCAACAUGGCCCCCAAAAAGAAGACUGUCAGAAAGAACAAAGGGGAUAUCAAUGAGAUGACCAUAAUUGUAGAAGAUAGCCCCCUAAACAAACUGAAUGCUCUGAAUGGGCUUCUAGAGGGAGGCAAUGGCCUUAGCUGCAUUUCUUCUGAAUUGACAGAUGCUUCUUAUGGCCCCAACCUCUUGGAAGGUUUAAGUAAAAUGCGGCAGGAGAGCUUCCUUUGCGACUUAGUCAUUGGCACCAAAACCAAAUCUUUUGACGUUCACAAGUCAGUGAUGGCUUCAUGCAGUGAGUACUUUUACAACAUCCUUAAAAAAGACCCGACUACUCAGAGGGUGGAUCUCAAUGACAUCUCACCGCUAGGCCUGGCCACUGUCAUUGCAUAUGCCUACACAGGAAAGCUGACUCUCUCCUUGUACACAAUAGGAAGCAUUAUUUCUGCUGCUGUUUAUCUUCAGAUCCAUACCCUUGUAAAGAUGUGCAGUGAUUUUCUGAUACGAGAGAUGAGUGUUGAGAAUUGCAUGUACGUUGCUAACAUUGCUGAAACAUACUCCCUGAAAAACGCGAAAGCGGCAGCCCAAAAAUUUAUCCGGGAUAACUUCCUGGAAUUUGCAGAAUCAGAUCAGUUUAUGAAACUUACAUUUGAGCAAAUUAACGAACUUCUCAUAGAUGAUGACUUACAGUUGCCUUCUGAAAUAGUAGCAUUCCAGAUUGCAAUGAAAUGGUUAGAAUUUGACCAAAAGAGAGUGAAAUAUGCUGCAGAUCUUUUGAGCAAUAUUCGCUUUGGUACCAUCUCUGCGCAAGACCUGGUCAAUUACGUUCAGUCCGUACCCAGAAUGAUGCAAGAUGCUGAUUGUCACAGACUUCUUGUAGAUGCUAUGAACUACCACUUACUCCCGUAUCAUCAAAACACGUUGCAGUCUAGGCGCACGAGAAUCCGUGGGGGCUGUCGAGUCCUCGUCACUGUUGGGGGACGUCCAGGCCUUACUGAGAAGUCCCUUAGUAGAGACAUCUUGUACAGAGACCCUGAAAAUGGAUGGAGCAAGCUUACAGAAAUGCCAGCCAAGAGUUUCAAUCAGUGUGUGGCUGUGAUGGACGGAUUUCUUUACGUGGCCGGUGGUGAAGACCAGAAUGACGCAAGAAAUCAAGCCAAGCAUGCAGUCAGCAAUUUCUGCAGAUACGAUCCCCGCUUCAACACCUGGAUACACCUGGCCAGCAUGAACCAGAAGCGCACGCACUUCAGCCUGAGCGUGUUCAACGGGCUCCUUUACGCCGUGGGCGGCCGCAAUACAGAAGGCAGCCUGGCCUCGCUGGAGUGCUACGUGCCCUCCACCAACCAGUGGCAGCCGAAGACACCCCUGGAGGUGGCGCGCUGCUGCCACGCCAGCGCGGUCACCGACGGCCGGGUGCUGGUGACUGGCGGCUACAUCGGCACUGCGUACUCGCGCUCGGUGUGCGCCUACGACCCGGCCAGCGACGCGUGGCAGGAGCUGCCGGGCCUGAGCACGCCCCGAGGCUGGCACUGCGCCGUCACGCUGGGCGACAGGGUGUAUGUGAUGGGGGGCAGCCAGCUGGGGCCGCGCGGGGAGCGCGUGGACGUGCUGCCGGUGGAGUGCUACAGCCCCGCCUCGGGCCAGUGGAGCUUCGCGGCGCCGCUGCCGGUGGGCGUGAGCACGGCGGGCGCCUCGGCGCUGCACGGGCGCGCCUACCUGCUGGGCGGCUGGAACGAGGGCGAGAAGAAGUACAAGAAGUGCAUCCAGUGCUUCAGCCCCGAGCUCAACGAGUGGACGGAGGACGACGAGCUGCCCGAGGCCACCGUGGGCGUGUCCUGCUGCACCCUCUCCAUGCCCAACAGCGUGACCCGGGAAUCCCGAGCCAGCUCGGUGUCCUCGGUGCCAGUCAGUAUCUGAACCCCGGUAGACGCGGGGACGCAGGAAGACCCAAUAUUUAUUCGUGGUUAACCUUUGACUUAGCGAAAAGGAAAAUAUAUAACAUUUACUACAAUGAUUGUAUUUUAAAAUGUAUCGAGCCAUAUGUCUUGCUGGUUUUCAGUUUCUGGUGUGGCAUAAUCUACCUCUGUGUCAAUUUUUUUUUUUUUUAAGCAAAAUGCAGAGCCAUCACCGACAAAGAAAAGAAAAUAAUUUAUUUCAGCGGCCGCUGGGUGGCAGACAGAAUUCCUGGUAGGCGCUCUCCCAUCGUGGCUCGUUCCUGCGUGUAGAGCGGUUACACCCACAUUUGAAUUUUUUCUUCUACACUUUAGUACACAUGAAGCUUACGUGAGUAAGCGACUUCACAUACAAAAGUUUAUUUUCCUCUGUUUUUUCUUUAGAAAAUUGAAAAUAUUCAUUUAUGGAUUUUGUUUUGAAAUGGAAAUCCGUCUCUAUCCAUCAAGACAAGAUUUAAUUCUGUAUUUCAGUGCGGUUUCUUUUCCUAUACGUGACUGAGUACAGGAUUUUGAAAGGCAGCCCAUGACAAAGUCAUAAAGCGUAGAACAAAGUCGGACUGGAAAGGGCUGACGGGCUAACCCGGAGACCGGCACUUUUGCUUAGCGCUGACUCCCUCUUCCUCCAUUCCCUGGGCCCCAGUGUAUUUUUUAUCAUAAAAUCCUGCUUUCAGAAAAGGAACUGAUGUUAGUCAUUUAACUUACAGUGUAAAUUUAAAUCAUUUUGUUGUAUCUCCCGAAAGUAUUUGCACUUUCACCCUUGUCCCUUAUUAAUGGAGUUGCCAAGUCUCAUGGGAGCCCCUCCCUCCUCCGAAAAACAACACGAAGAUGGUUAAAGGCAACCUUGACCCUAAUGUAAUCCUGGGAAAAACACCAACUAAAACUGUGUCCAUAAGGAUCGUUAACUGAAAGCUUAUAUAGCCUAAAGGUUAUACAACCAACAGGAGUAAUUCGAUUUCUUGCACUCUUUUAUGUGGAUGAGAAUGAAGAAAACACUUGGAAUUCUCGGAUUUGACAAUAACAGGCUGAAUGGAUUCUCCUGCUGGUAAAUGCCAUUGUGUUCCAUUUCAUAGCAGUCCUCCUGAUUUCUUAAUUAAAAUUCUAACACAUUCAUUUCACAUACAAAUAUUAAAAUAAGAUACGCCCGUUCUAUUCUAUCUUUUUAAAUCUCACCUGUUCCAAAUUAGCUUUGCAAAGUAAAGUUUAUCCACUCAAUAUCAUUUUUCUUACAUGUUUUCCAAGUUUUGGAGCAAGAGAAUGAUUGUAGUAAAUGAUAUUUAUUUUCCUUUCUUAUAAUUUAUCACUUUAUUCUUUGAUAGUUGAUUUGUUUUGGAGAGGAAGUGGCCUAUCAAUUAUGGGUUACGUGCAAUUGGAUUUUGAAAAAUAAAACAAACUAAGCGGUUAAACAUGAGCUAUAUGGAAAUGUACCUGGGUUUUCAUGAAUCCCCUCCUCUCCCACCUUGUAGAUAGGUUAUUGCUAGAGUUACAAUAUUUAUAUUUAAAAUAUUCGAACUGUGAAAAGUGGUUCAUAGAAUACACUUUGUGGAACAAUUUUAUAUCCUUGCCCCUUAUGAACAGUUCAGUCUGUGGGUUUAAUGGUAGCACUCAGAUAAGGGCCAUAAAGACUGUAAGGUAAAAACAAGACAUUGUUCAUAUAAAAGCCCUGGGCUGUUUCCUCACCCCACACACAGCAUGAGGAGCUUCUCCAAGUAGGAGCAGGUCUAAAAGCACCUGCUCCCUUGACUCCUGACCUGCCCAGGCUGGAAAAUACAGCUGUGUGAGGAACCAAUUGACAGAGCGAGUUAACAUCAUUGGGCUCUUCAGUUACCAAUGUACAACCUAUAGAUAACCUUUGGUCCUUGUGGCAUCAUUGGUAAAAUAAACUUUUCAUGACUGCAACAUCUUUUAGUUUGGUAUAAAUAUAGGUUCUCAUAGAGCUGAGAAGCCUAUAGGAUAUUAUUAAUUUUGAGAGAAAAAAGGUGACUUAUUAUGUAUGACAGAUCAUAAGUGGGCAAAUAGCUGUAAUUCCUUGAUGCACACUAAUAGAUGUGUCUCCCAUUGAGAUCCUAGAAGUAUUGUGAAGUGGGGGACUUAAGGCUUGGAAUGAAAUAAGAAUCAAUUGUUAUAAGCCAAUAUAAGCUCAAUCAAAAAAAAUAAAUCAAUCAUCACGUUUUAUCAUGGAAGAAUGAGGAGAGAUGCUGAAACUAGAGGAUUUUUUCAUCUGUCAGAGCUUGAUAAGAUAGGUUGUGCAAAAACUUGGCAGUGGCUUUCUAGAGAUGAAACUAGAGACAUGUUAGAGCUGGAGAAAUCAUUUGAAAUUACCAUUUAAUGUAUUUUCUACUUUGUUUAUCUGAAGACUCAGAAAAUACACCUAUCUGGGCUUACACCCAAUUUCCUGGCAUUGCUGUUCUAUCUUCUGCUUCAACAGCUGGGUCAAUAAAUAAAGAACAUUGCGAAGUA